AUGUUUAAACUUUCAAAAUAUUUUUGUAUACACAAUACCUUAGUAGCAAGUUAUUUUAAAGCUACACGAUGUGAUGCCAAUAACUUUUGUGAUUUAUCAGUCAAGGAAAAUUUUACAACAAAUUUUCCUCCAAACAAAAUAAAAAUAGUUGUUAUUGGCGAUGGUAUUAGUGGUCUCUCUGCUGCGGCUACAUUGUCUAAAAAUGGUUACAAAAAUUUGAAAAUUUUGGAGGCUCAAGAUAAACUGGGUGGACGAAUCUGUUCAAUGAAACACAACAAUAAAGUAUUUGAAAUAGGUGCUCAAUGGAUAACAAAAAAUCUUUUAUCUGCUCCAUUAAGUAUGGCUUGUGAAGAAGGAUUGAUGUAUGUGUCUACGAUUCCAGCUGAAAUUCAAGCAGAUACAUUUAUCGCGUUAGUGGGGUUAACUGAAACUUUAAGUAAAGAAUUUGCAGCUGAUUUGAGUGAUAUAAACAUGAGUAAAUUUUGUGAAGGGCGAAAUUUUACAGAUCGUGUUAACGUACCAAAUGGUAUAAUACACAUUCUACAAUCAUUAACUCAAGAAGUUAACCACUAUGUUGAAUUAAGUACUAUAGUUGAAAAAGUAGAAUGGAAUUCGUCAGAAACAUCUGAGAAACGUUGUCUAGUGCAUAUGAAUGGCGGCAAGGAACCCAUUAGUGCUCAUUAUGCAAUAAUUACUACAUCAUUAGGAGUUCUUAAAGGAGGUUUUAAAUUCUCACCUAAUUUACCAAACGAUGUAUGGGAGGCAAUUGAUUAUUUAGGCUACGGUCGAUUGAAUAAUAUUUAUUUGGAAUAUUCGAAACCUUUUUGGCAUAAGAACCAAUCGACAUUUAGAUUAACAUGCGAUAAUCUUACAUACGAUCAAUUGUAUAAAGACUGGGACAAUUCUUUUACACUUUUGGAACAAAUGCCAGGAAGUAGUAAUUUAUUAUAUGCACAGCUAGCUGGAUGGACCGCAUAUCAAUCAGAAUGCGUAACUGAGGAGGAAAUUGCAAAAGAAGUGACCAAAUUGUUACGUCAAAACUCUGGUUAUUGUACUAUUCCAUAUCCUUCUAGUAUUAUUUGAUCCAAAUGGUCAACUGAUCUUUUUAAAGGAGCAUUCAGUUUUAAUAAGUGUGGUCAUAACCAUGAAUUAUUAAGGAAAGCACUAAUAAAACCGAUUCCAGAUAUCAACAUUGAUUUCCCUCCAAUUUUAUUUUUUGCAGGAGAAGCUUGCUCAAUUAAAGACUUUGGAACAAUUCAAGGCGCCAUUAAAUCGGGCUAUGAACAGGCGCGUAAAAUUAUCGAUAUAACAAGAAAUCAUUCUAAU